AUGCAGAAGAAAGGCUCUCCAAACUGCAAAGCAGCAAUGAGCGGCUCACGGAUCACGGAGCAGCCCCGGGAUCAGGUGGUGGUGGCCGGGCACAGUGCCAUCCUCUCCUGUGCUGUGUCCAACUACUCCGGCAUUGUCCAGUGGACCAAGGAUGGACUGGCACUCGGAAUGGGGAACGGCCUUCCAGCGUGGCCUCGGUAUCGUAUUGUGGGCGAGGCAGAGAAGGGGGAGCACAACCUGCAGAUCCAGGAGGCCGACCUGUCCGACGACGCCGUCUACGAGUGCCAAGCGACUGAGGUGGCCCUCCGGUCUGACAGAGCAAUGCUGACGGUGCUGGUUCCCCCUGAGGACCCGGUGAUUGACGACGGCCCCGAGAUUUUGCUGAGAGCGGGAUCCACGUACAAUCUGACAUGUCGUGCCAGUGGAGCCAAACCAGCAGCAGACAUCGUCUGGUACCAAGACGGGGCCGUGCAGGACGGAGCUGCCAUCUCCAAGGCCCUGAUGGAUGACGGGAAGCGAUCGGUGACCACCAGCACCCUGCCCAUCACCCCCACCGACGUGGACAUCGGCCGGCUGUUCACCUGCCUCACCAGUAACACAGCUCUGCCAGCCGGCAAGGAGGCCACAGUCCGCCUCAAUGUGCACC